AUGAGUAACAUAAACGGCGAAACAUGGAACAAUACUGAUAAAUUAAAACGAAAAUUGAGUGAAAUAUAUGAUACUGAGAAAGAUAAAAAUGACGAAUUAAAAAAUACAUCCAAAGUUUUAAAAAAUAGUUCUGUAGAAGAAUAUAAUAUUGGUAAAGGAAAUAAUGAUACUUGUAAUAAUUUUUAUGAAGAACAUAUGAACAAUAAUGAAGUGAAAAAUUAUGUAGUACAAAAUAAUGAGGUGAUUGAAAAGUCGGAAAACAAAGAACCAUGCAUAAAUGAAUCAAAUCAAAAAAAGAAAAAGAAAAAGAACAAUAAAAAAAAAUAUAAUAAUAUGGAAAUGGGAAAGCCAUUAAAACAAAUGGUUAGAAUAAAUUAUUUAUUACAAGCAUCUUUCUUAAUGAAUAAUAUGAAUCCCAAUAUAUCUAGGGAAUAUAUUAAAACAAUGAGAAGACUAUCUAACAAGUUUUUAAUAAAAUAUGAUAGUAAAUUUAAAAAGUUAUUUUGUAAAAAGUGCAAUUCAGUUCUUAUUCCAAGUGAAACAUGUGAUGUUUCUGUAAAUCCAUUGAAUUUACAAAAAAAACAUAAGCAAAUAAAUAAUAAGUAUGACACUAAGGAACUUACAAAGGAAUCAACAAAUACUAAUAAUAUAAAGCCAAGAGAUGAAUAUUUAGUUUCAUAUAAAUGUAAACAUUGUCAACAUUAUACCAAGCUUGUAUAUGAAUGUCAUUUAAAUAAAUGUCAAAAUAAAGAAAAUUAA